AUGGAAUUGAAUCAAGGAACAGUGCUUUCAGUUGAUGAUGAGCCGAAUAAAGAGUGUGAUAUUCAACCUGGAAAACCCGUUUUGAUACCGGGAAUCCCGGACGAUAUUGCCCUUUCUUGCUUAGCAAGAGUUCCUAGAAAGUAUCAUCCGAUUCUCAACUGUGUUUCGAGGAGGUGGAGGGAAUUGGUUUGCGGUGAAGAAUGGUUUUCUUACCGGCUGAAGCAUAAUUUGGCCGAGACUUGGAUUUAUGCUUUAUGUAGGGAUAAGUCGGAGCAGCUUUGCAUGUAUGUGUUGGAUCCCGAGCAAUUGAAAAAGGGUUGGAAGCAGAUUCAAGGCCUCCCGAGUCGUUUUUUGAAGAGAAAAGGUGUGGGAUUUGAAGUAUUGGGUAGAAAGGUUUACUUGUUCGGAGGGUGUGGUUGGAUUGAGGAUGCUACUGAUGAAGUGUACUGUUAUGAUGCCUCGGCUAAUAACUGGAUGAGAGUUGCUUCACUAUCAACUGCUAGGUGCUUUUUUGCGUACGAAGCUUUGGACAACAAAAUCUACGCCAUUGGCGGGCUCGGGUCGAAAUCAAGCGACCCGCAUUCAUGGGAUGUUUAUGACGGUUCCACAGACACUUGGUCAUCUCAUGUGGACCCGAACGUCAUUCCGGAUAUUGAAGACUCUGUGCUUUUGGACAAGAAGAUCUACAUAAGAUGUGCUAUAUCAUCUGUAGAUUCUCACGUAUAUGCCGUCGUUUAUGAUCCUUCGAGCGGAAUCUGGCAACAUGGGGACGAUGUCGUGGCGUGUGGCUGGCGGGGUCCAGCUGUCGUGAUCGACGGGAAGUUGUACGUUUUGGACCAGGUGUCGGGUUUGAGGCUGAUGAUGUGGCGGGAGGAUGUUCGGGAAUGGAUGGCUGUGAGGAGAAUAUCGACCCACCUCGUUUUACCGCCCUGUCGGCUAGUGGCAAUCGGGAAGAAGAUUUUUGUUAUAGGGAAGGGACUUAGUACGGUGAUUUUCGACGUUGGGAGUGUGGGAUCUUGUGUGGAUGGUGUUUUGGUGAGUUAUUCUGUGGGGAAAUUGGGUUCUGAUUGUGAUGUGAUUAGCUGCAAGUGUGUUGCUAUUUGA